CGUGGAGAAGGAAAGUUGAUGACGUCACGGGCUUCCUCGUACAACACAUGACAUGUUUCUUUACAACUGUGAAACCUAUUAGCGUUUGGAGGUCCGUUAACAUUAUCAAGCGACUGUAGUAUGGACAUCAGCUCCACAUGGGGUGGAUAGAGAGAUGACCCCAUCCUUCUCAGCCUGUGGGACGUUUCGAGCUCUGUGUGGGCAGGAAAAGGCAAAAGAGAGAGAAGUUGAAAAGGAUGGGAAGGAGAGGAUGGGGCCGCUGGCAGGGGAUCUCCACAGCUGUGCUCUAUGGCUCUCUGGCUCUCUUCGUCUCCAUUCUCCACAACGUCUUUUUACUGUAUUAUGUGGAGACCUUUGUGUCUGUUUACAAGAUUGACAAGUUGUCGUUUUGGGUGGGAGAGUCUGUGUUUCUGAUUUGGAACAGUCUGAAUGACCCUCUCUUCGGCUGGCUGAGUGACCGUUCCUUCCUGAGCUCACCCCAGUCUGGGUCUCAGAUCUCCUCCCCAGAGGUGGUUCUAAAACGACUGCAGGCGCUCUCCAGAAGUGGGCCUCUAUUUGCCCUCUCCUUCCUGGCUUUCUGGGUGGCCUGGACGUGGCCUGGUCUGCAGUUCCUUCUGUGCCUGUGUCUUUACGAUGGGUUCCUCACCGUGGUGGAUCUCAACCACAACGCCCUCCUGGCCGACUUGGCUGUGUCAGCAAACGACCGUACGCGCCUCAAUUUCCACAGUUCCCUGUUCAGUGCGCUGGGCUCGCUGUCCGUCUUCCUUUCCUACUCCUUCUGGAACAAGGAAGACUUCCAUUACUUCAGGUUGUUCUGCGUGGCGCUAGCUGCCGUCUCCAUGGUGGGCUUUGCUGUGGUUUCACGCCUUCUGCGCCAACGGUUUCACAAUGAAGUUCAAACACACAAGAAUGAGUGCGAAGAACUGACUGAACUCAGUGUUGGUCAAGCUCCUUUUACCUCACCCGAGAAGCCAGUCACUCUCGGGGAAUAUCUGAAGCAGUUGUCACGACACAGAAACUUCAUGUGGUUCGUCUCAAUGAACCUUGUACAGGUUUUCCACUGCCAUUUCAACAGUAAUUUCUUUCCUCUGUUUCUGGAGCACCUCCUGUCAGACCGUAUAUCUGCCUCCACCGGUUCUUUCCUGCUAGGCUUUUCCUACAUUGCCCCACAUCUGAACAAUCUCUACUUCUUGACGCUGUGCCGAAGAUUUGGUGUCUACCAGGUGAUUCGCUGGCUUUUCCUCUUGAAGCUGGGUCUGAGUAUAGCCAUGAUGCUUGCUGGGGCCGACCAGUUGUAUCUGCUCUGCAUCUUUAUUGCUAGUAAUCGCGUGUUUACAGAGGGAACCUGUAAGCUGCUAAAUCUGGUGAUCACUGACCUGGUGGAUGAGGACUUUGUGUUGAACCGCCGUCAGCAGGCAGCUUCUGCCCUGCUCUUUGGCAUGGUUGCCUUGGUAACUAAACCUGGCCAGACCUUUGCCCCUCUCAUCGGUACCUGGUUGUUAUGCGUCUACACAGGAUAUGACAUCUUCGAGAGAAAUUCAGUGGGCACAUCACCAAUCUCAGCCCCUGCAUCCCCCAUGCCACUGCGUCAGGGUUGCUUCUACCUGCUGGUGUUUGUACCGAUCACCUGCGCCCUUCUUCAGUUGCUGGCGUGGUCUCGAUUUAAUCUGCAUGGGCGCAGGCUGCAAAACAUCAAGGCCCUGAGGGAAGGUGCCCAACAAAGCAACUUCAUUGAUGUGAAGGCUAUCUAAUGCUCUCCAUGUAGGCAAGAGAUGAAAGAUGGACAAGACAUUCCUCAAAACCAGGCAUUCUGCCAAAAGACUGAUCCGGAAAGGAGAAUGAUGAUGCCAAAUACAGCAAGAGACAUUUAAGUCUAAUGUAUGGUCGAGCAUCUCUGCCUUACUUUGCUAAGUGUUAAAUAUUUAUACUGAGUAUGUACUUGGGACCAGAAAUGAAUUUAGUGGUUUGGGACCAUGUUUAUCAGACUGCCCUUAAAACCUCCUGGAAUGAUGUUUUAGCAUAUAUUUAUAGAUGAAGCCAAAUCAAAUCUAAUCAAAGUUUCCAAAAUGAAUAGAUUCUCGUGAACGUGUUUGUUUAUUGGUAAACACACUGUGUUCAAAGAGCAUGUUUACAAUAACAUUAAGCAACAUUCCAGGGACACAAUAUGGAAUUGCAUGGAUAUCUGUGGAGUCUUCAUACACACUAUCAGGACUUGCCAUACAUUUGUAACGGUUUUUAUAUAAUGUUUGUGAAAUGUUUUAAGUCCCUCAUUGCCAUCAAUGAUUAUUAUUUUUAUUGAUAAAAAAGUAUAUUUUAGUUCAUUAUGAACAAAAAUGCAGAUGUGUUUUACUAGCAUCUAUGACUAACUUAUUUUUCUACCAAAUGUCCAAUUUUAGAAAUAAGGUGUUCAAUUUGACUGAAGGGAUUUAAAGGGGUGAUCAUUCAAUCGGCCAGUCUGACAUUACAGUACAAAUUGAUUUCUCAAAGGUACAGUAAUAGUUUUAUAUGAAAGUUUUUCAAAUUUGUAGCACCAAAUUUAUAUGAACUUUUAGUAAAGAUCCUAUUCUUAACACUGACACUUACAUUUGCAGUAAGUUUUUUUUGGUUCUUCAUGGAAAAUAAUGUAGCAACAAGACACGUAAUAUGUUUUAUUUGAGGUAUCAGAGUUUUCAGCAAUUCAACUGCCUGUAAAAUGGGCACUUAUGCUCUGUUAUUUCUUCAUAUUUUAUGGUUAUUUCCUCUGGGAAACCUGUGAAUUACCGUAGGAAAUGUUUUACCUUUCACGUGUUUCUUACAAUGUCAAGAGUCUGAACUUUGGCUUUGAAUAUAUAUAUAUAGAGUUCUCUUCUGCUAUUCUCCGUUCAUUUUUUAAACGUUGUGCUUGCAAAUAAAUGUCAUUUUACAAAAA